UUCAGUUCUGAGAGUCGAGUCUGAGCUCAGAAAUCAGCUCUUGCAAAGACAGCUGUGUCUCGGGAUGGCAGCGAUGCCCAGAUGGAUGCUCAUAGAGUGCUAGGGACGUCAGGCAAGUGGCACAGGAGCAGAAGUUGUGGCCUGUCUCUUGCGGAGCAAAUUAGGUUCCAUUCAGACUGGAUAUGCAGGAUUCAUUGUCUUAAGCAAUUGGUUAAAAAACUUGAUUUGCUUUAACCCAGAGAGCCCUUUUGGCUAUCAUUAGCCUGACUUAUUUCAAAGCCAUCCAUAGGAAGUUUGGAGUGCAGUACAAAUCGACUCUCCCCCAUUGUACACACUUCAAUCAGCACCAUGUCGACGUCUUCACUGCGCCGUCAGGUGAAAAAUAUUGUACAUAAUUACUCUGAAGCCGAAAUCAAGGUUCGCGAGGCUACAUCAAAUGACCCUUGGGGCCCAUCUAGUUCUCUCAUGUCUGAAAUUGCUGAUCUCACCUACAAUGUAGUAGCCUUCUCAGAAAUCAUGAGCAUGAUCUGGAAGCGUCUCAACGAUCAUGGGAAAAAUUGGCGUCAUGUCUACAAGCUUCUUCUGCUUCAUCGUCUUUGGCAAAUGCCCCAGUAGAAGCAGAGCAAGCAUGGCCCCA